AAGUCAUCCAAGACGGGGAGCUUCACGAAUGUGCAAUACAGCUAUGAUCUGGGGCACCGAGACAUUUCUCGAACUAUCUGGUUCCCUUUGAUGCUUCGCAUCUUCGAUUCCUUCAUUUCAUCGGCCGUGGUCUUUACUCUUUAUUUAACAUCUUAUACCUCUUACCUCUACUAUCACUGCAGCCUUAAUACAUAGUCAUCAUGAAUACUCGGCCGGUUAUAGAAAGCCCUCCUGAGCAUGCUGCUCUAUCUGUUACCUUCAACAGUGACGCGAGUCGAUUUGUUGUUGGGCUAGAUUCGGGAUUUUGCAUCUUCCUUUCAAACUCAUCUCAAAUACAAACCGCAAGAGUUUUCAAUGCGGGCCUUGGUCUUGUCCAGAUGAUGGGAAAUGCCAAUUAUCUUGCUCUUGUCGGUGGCGGUCGUUCACCCAAGUUCCCACAGAACAAAGUCAUAGUAUGGGACGAUAGCAAGGGCAAAAUAGCUCUAGAGCUAGCUACCUUGACCGCUGUUCGCGGAGUUCAGAUCUCCAAGUCAAGAAUUGCUGUUGUCUUACAGAACUGCGUACGAGUUUACGCUUUCCAAAAGCCACCAUUGCCAUUAGCUAGAUAUGAGACGGCAGACAACUUCCUUGGUCUCUGCUGUCUCACAGAGAAGUAUUUGGUUUUCCCUGGUAGGACGCCUGGUCAAGUCCAGGUUGUGCAACUGGCGACAGACAGUGUUAGCAUCAUCCCUGCGCAUUCUUCGAGUUUGAGAGCGUUGCAGCUCAGUGCAGAUGGGGAGUUACUCGCUACAGCAAGCGAAAAGGGUACCAUCAUUCGCAUCUUCUCCACGAGUAGCUGUGCGAAGCUUGCAGAACGACGGCGGGGUAGCGAGUUCGCUACCAUAUACUCAUUACGCUUUAGCCCAUCAGGAAACAUGCUUGCUUGCACCUCGGAUAAGGGGAGCCUACAUAUCUUCGAUGUUCCUAACCCGCGCAAAGGUAGGCCUAGCUCGCCGGCCCCGAGCAUUGGUGGAGGUAGCUCAAAUGCCGAGGCCACGAACAAAUGGGGAUUCCUAAGCAAUAUUCCAUUUGGACCCUUUUCCGACGUUUAUUCUUUUACUUCGGCUGCCUUUGAAACUGGCGAAGAGCCCCUUCUACCUAGCCCAGCAAGAGCAGUGGAAAGGGGUGAUAACACAGUCCUAGGCACUAGUAGGCCAAUGAAAGGUGUCAUUGGAUGGAUAGACGAGACUUCUCUCGCCGUCGUCGGCGCUGGCCAGGAUGCACGAUGGGAGAAGUUCGUGCUGAGAGAGGAGGAGGGUCGUACCGUGGUCGUCAGGGAAGGCUGGAAGAGAUACUUGGGGAAUUAGGAUGAGCUCAAGGAACAUUACGAGAACCACCCCGAUACUAAAGUCCCUUUAUUUUUAAGGGGCCCGCCACAUCGAACCGGGUGAUAUUGGUUUAAAAGCCGGGCUAGGCAUGGGAAAUCAGCACGGAGUAACAGGACU